AUGGUUUCUGAUUUUUUGGUUAUGCACGAGUCUGGUCUUUUCUUUCAACUUAAUCCCGCCGAAUAUGAUAAGGCGUUAAAAAAAUAUCCUGAAUUAAAUAAUGCACAAGAUAUUGAUUAUAUUGAACGUUCAGCAAGUGCAUCAAUCGAUGUUGGUUCUGAUGCCUAUUUUGAUAAUUCGACUAUAUUAGCACAAUUCGAGCGAUUAUUUAAAUUAUUAGAGUUUAAAGAAUGUUUUAAGAAUAAUAACAUUGAAAUUCUAGUGGAUAAUGCUCGUACACAUUCUGCUCGUGCUUAUAGUUUAUUAGAUUUUGGUAAGGGCAUCUCAACACGAUGUCCUGUUAAUUAUCUAGAAUGGAUUGAUGAUACUGGCGCUACUCAAUCAUUGUCGUGUUAUUUUCAGCACGAUUCUAAUAAAGGAAAAUCAAAAGGUUUAUUUGAAAUUGCUAUUGAACUGAAAUAUUAUCCACCACCAGGAAUAAAAUUAAAUGAAUUACGUCAGUUGCUUUCCCAUUAUCCAGCUUUCCAGAAUGUAAUCUUUUUUUGGUAGUCUAAAAUGUCGCUAUGCUUUUAGCUUUUUCUAUCCUAGAUUUCACGUUUAGAACAACUGGGAAAAAAAUAUAAUGUAUCGAUUCGAUUCUGUCCUAAGUUCCAUUGUGAACUCAAUGCUAUAGAGGGCUGUUGGGCUCACAUGAAACAAUUUAUUAGAAAGAAAACAGAUCAAAAUUACAAUACUCUCUUAAUGUUGAUGAAAGAGUCACGAACCAAUUUUCAGCACCAAAAGGUUCAUCUUAAACUUUUUCGACGAUUCUGGCAUACUAUAGAAGCGUACGAACAAGGAAAAACAUAUCAUGAAGUAUUGCAACAAUUUUUCGAUAAUAGUUGUACAGGAACAGUUAAAUCUCAUCGUAGAAUUACAAACAGUGGUUUAAAAUCUUAAACUAGCAGGAUGUUUGUUCACUCUUGUUUAUUCUUUUCACUUGUUUUUUUUUUGUAAAUUAUAAUGUAGGCUACUGUUUUUAACGAUCUUAAAUGAUAUUAA